GAAGACAGAGAGACAGAGAGUGUGUGUGUUUUGGGACACUAGGACGGUUAUGUGCGGUGCUCCAAUGUCAGUCCUGAACGGGCCAUAGCUAAGCGAGAGGAGCGUCAUAAAAACCCACAGCACCGAGCUCCGGUACCAGGCUACCGUGGAAGCCCUUUGGAUUAACUUUUCACUUCACUUCUCUUUAGAUCGACAGCUUUCUUAUUUCCUCUCGUGCGUCUCUCUACGGUCAGUCGGUGGAAUGGCAGAGAAGCGACGCUCUUCGUGCAAUCUGAGCGUCAAGGCGCACGCGUUCUCGGUGGAAGCUCUCAUCGGGGCAGAGAAGAGACGGAAGCUCGGGGACGACGACACCGAGGUGUGCUGUCUUGAUGAGUGGACCGAGGUGUUGGAACUUCCCGCUAACGGAGGGGAGAGAGAGAAGAGGGUGUACGACCGCGCCAUCGACCGGGGCAGCGAGAUAGAGUGUGCUAGUGACGGCUCGCCGGAGAGUUGUGACGUGGUGUUGGAAUGCCCGCGCCCCGACGCCCCCCAGCACACGCCGCCGGUAACAGUAACUGUUCCCGGAGAGGAGAUGCGCGUGGACUUGCAGGGCUCCGACCUGUGGAAACGGUUUCACGAGAUUGGUACGGAGAUGAUCAUCACGAAGGCCGGCAGGCGGAUGUUCCCCGCUAUGCGUGUGAAGAUCUCGGGACUGGACCCCCACCGGCAGUACUACAUCGCCAUGGAUAUCAUCCCCGUGGACAACAAAAGAUACAGGUACGUGUACCACAGCUCCAAGUGGAUGGUGGCGGGAAACGCGGAUUCCCCGGUUCCACCACGUGUGUACAUCCACCCGGACUCGCCGGCUUCUGGUGAGACGUGGAUGCGUCAGGUGAUCAGCUUCGACAAACUCAAACUGACCAAUAAUGAGCUGGAUGACCAGGGGCAUAUCAUUCUCCACUCCAUGCAUAAGUACCAGCGCGGUGUGCAUGUGAUUCAGAAGGAGCGUGGCGAGGAGCUGUCUCCUGUUAGAGCCGUUCCCCAGGGAGACGGCACCAGAACACUCAGCUUCCCAGAAGCCGCCUUCACCACUGUCACCGCAUACCAGAACCAACAG